AGGGGAGGAAGUACAAGUGGCAGAGGUGCACCAGCGCCAAGGGGCGGCUCCUAUUCCACCAGGGGCGGACCAAACAAAGGCAAAGCAAACUACAAGAGUAGCAUACGUACUGAAAGAAGUGACGUUGAUGCUAAGGCUGUGCCUGCUAAGUUGGCCAAAUCACAAAUCUACUCGGUGAAGAUCGUGAAACCCUCAGAAGUGUAUAAGAGAGUUCAACAAGUAGGAGAAGGAACUUAUGGUAAGGUGUACAAGGCCAUCAAUAUUAUCACCGAUGAAAAUGUUGCAUUAAAGAAACUCAGAUUAGAAACAGAGAAAGAGGGAUUCCCUAUCACUGCAAUCAGAGAGAUCAAGUUAUUACAGUCAUUCGAUCAUAAGAAUAUAGUGGGAUUACUAGAAAUGAUGGUUGAGCAUAAUCAAAUCUAUAUGAUUUUCGAUUACAUGGAUCAUGACUUAACUGGAUUGUUGACCCAUCCCGAAUUAAAAUUGGAAGAAUGUCAUAGAAAGUUCAUCUUCCAACAGCUUAUGGAGGGGCUUAAUUAUUUGCAUAAAAAGAGAGUGAUUCAUAGAGAUAUAAAGGGAUCCAAUAUCUUGCUCGAUAGCACCGGAAUAUUAAAGAUUGCUGAUUUUGGAUUGGCAAGAACCAUGAAGAUUGUCAAGGAUACAGAAAGCCCUGAUUAUACCAACAGGGUGAUUACCAUCUGGUACAGACCCCCCGAGUUACUUUUGGGAGCAACCGAUUAUGGAAGAGAAGUGGAUGUCUGGGGAGUAGGGUGUCUCUUAAUCGAGUUGUACUCAAAGGUAGCUGCAUUCCAGGGCUUUGACGAAGUCGGCCAAUUGAGCCAGAUCUUCAAUAUUAUGGGAACGCCCAGCUACGAAGAAUGGCCAGAGAUAGAGAAUCUCCCAUGGUUUGAAAUGUUGAAGCCCAAGAUCAAUGUGGGCAGCAAGUUUGAAGAGUUGUACUCGUCAGUUUUAUCACCACAGAGUUUUGAUUUGGCAAAGAAGCUCCUUACGUUGAACCCUAAGAAGAGAUUGACUGCAGAACAGGCACUCGAGCAUCCGUACUUCAUCGAGGACCCCAGACCAGCGCCUUUAGAGUUCUUGAAGGACAUCAAGGGCGAGUGGCACGAGUUUGAGACCAAGAAGAGGAGAAGAAAGGAGAGAAAGAGAUUGCAGGACGAAGCGAAGGCCUCGAAGAUAAAGGAG